UGUAAGCAUAUUUUCGCGGAAUCACUGAUAAGAAUAUAGAGAUUGUUCUAUUAAGCUACUAUAUAGAACAGAUUCCACAGCGUAGAUUGAUAAAUCUCUCCCAGUACCGCUGUUUAUUUGCUCCUGUUCUAAAGUCAGGUUCUUAAGAUAUCGUGAGAUGGAUCCUACAUCUUUUGGAAUGGUGAAAGGAGAGGUUCAACGCCUUCCUUUCAAAGACGAUAAAGUGAAAGCAAUUGCUUAUGCUCAAGGAUAUUUCUACGCAGAGCAAGUCGGAGAACUGAUGAGAGAGUUCGGUUUUGACGAUGAUCGCCUUAGAGGACUGCAAGCUUGUGUUGGGAAAAUGUUGCCAGCGACGUGUGCCAGCGUAACGUCGAUUCUGAGGGCUUUUUCCUUCGACAAAAACAAGAUUCAGGCGCUUGAGCUGGUCGUUGUACAAGUCACCGAUCCACUGAACUUUCUUGUUUUUAACGACGUAUUUUCCUUCAUGAAAGAUCGGCAGCGAGUCAGCGUUAUUAUGCAAAGGAGGGCAAGUAUGCCUCCUCCACAACCGCCUGCCUUUGUGAACCCCGCUGUAGCAGGCAAUCCUUAUCCAUACGGUAGACCUAAGCCGAGUGUGGAUCCCAACGACCCACUUUACAGAGCUGUUGACGGUGCAGUAAGUGGUGUUGCAUCUGUAGUUGACAGUGCUUGUGGUGCCUUGUUUGGUCGGCCUUCACGUCCUGGUGCUGUUGUUGUACAGCGGCCAGUUGCAUACCAAACAACAGCCACUACCUAUGUCACACCUCCAGGGCCAGGGGUGCAGAUUUUGAAUGUCCCACCAGGUGCGACAGUGACAACCAUUCCACAAGCAGCACCAGGGUACCAGCAUUACCCACAUGGUUCUUACCCCAUGGGACAGGCACCACCUCCAUAUCAUCCUGGAGGAUAUCCAACCCAACAAUGGAAGUGAAGACAGUAGUGACUUUGCUCUGAUUUUUCUUUAAAGUAAAGAUGUAUUCUUUGAAGAAAAAUUUCAUAUUUCUCUUGAAAACAACAAGUACUAAUGGACUGGUUGGCUAAUUUUCUAUGUACAAAACCUUUUUAUGUUAUUCACACUAGAUAGAAUCAAAGAAACAUUUUGCCCUUCCUAGUUAGAAAAGCAGUAAGUUAUUUCCUGUUCCAUCUUUGCACUAUAAGAAUGAUAUAUAACUUGAUUAGGCACUAUAUUGCUUUUACUUGACUUCUAUUAAAUAGCUCAGCAGACCCCAGCUUAUUCCAUAGCGACACUGUAGUCUAUAGACUAACGAUAUAUUGUAGUACAGGUUAUACAGUACAGCUGUAAAAUUAUACUUACUUGGAAUUUGGAGUAUAGGGACUAUAAAGAUUACCAUUUUUAAUUAUGGUAGAGUUCCACACAAUGAUAGAUUGUACUAUUAAGCUAGAACCACAACAGGGUCUCUGGUCAUUGUUGUUUCUAAGAGACAUCAUCAAUUUAAGUUUAAAAAUUUAGAUUACUUAAAGGUUUUUGUUGUCUUAGUUUAUUCUUUUGUAGGUGGGGGUAUGUUUGUUCCUAAUCAGUAUUUCUUUUUAACAUCUCUAUGGAAUGUUAUUAGGAUAUUUGCAGUUUAUGGCAACCUUUUUUUUUCUAGAAUCACAAAUCAAAUAUAUGUAUAACAAAAGGAUUCUUGUCUUGUCUUUUGAAGAGUAUAGGUAAAUAAAGAGGCAAAUAAGUGAAACAAUUUCAAGAGCAAGAAUCUUCUCUAUCAUUUGAUGCAUACCCUAAACUUUAAGCAAAUGAUUCCCUGCAAAUAAUUCCAAAACCCACUCUUCAGUAAUUGGAAGAUAAAAUAAUAACUGAACUCUGUUGCUGAAAAAUAUUUUGAGGUCAGUAACAAAUAUUCUUGUUCCUCAAUGGUAUCCUAAGAGUAUCAAUUAUCCAUUUGGGUUACAAAGAUUUUGCUUUGUCCCACUUUGAUGUUUUCAUGUAGCCUGAGGCACACAAUUCAACAAGUACAUGCGCAUCAAAAUUGGAGUUCACGUAAAAACCCGCCAAGAUUGUUCUAUUGGCUUGAGGAGGAAGCUGUGAGCAAACACAUAAAUUUGCCAUCCCUACCUUAGACUUCAUGUUGUUGCUUUCAUCCAACUCUCAUACAAUACAAAAUAAUUACUUGUCUAUAGUUUUUGAGGGUCAAAGAAAAAAGAAGAGCAAUAAAGGUGUGAGCAGGAAGGCCGCCAUGUAAAGUAAUCUUUAAUUACCAUCAAAUUGGUGCCCUUACUUAAGAAUCAAUGAAGGUGGUG